GUAUUUUAUUUUUCACGUGUACACAUAAAUUAAAGAAAAUCCAUAUACUUAAAAUAAUUUCUUUACAGGUCCAAUUAUCUUAAUUCAAUUAACCAGGAUAUCACAUCUUUAAAGAUGGCACGUCAUAAACCCUUUUGUAUUGAAAGGGACUUUUAUGCGUGAAACAUACCUCCAAUAGUGUUUUCUCAUGCUGACAGAGAAGUGCUUUUCUCAUGUUAACAGCUGACAGAGAUUGUAGCAGAAGAGGAUGCUUAGGACAAUCAGAAGUGCAAUAUGAUUCAAGUGGUCCAAUUAUCUUAAUUCAAUUAACGGGCAUCAGGACAUUAACUCAUCUGGAUAACAUCCCGAUAAAAUUUCCCGAUGUACUUGGGACCUCUGAUUAUUAUUUACUGGUAGGAGUAAUCCGUUACAUUCACAAUGACCUUACGUCGACUAAUGGAUUAGGAAAACUGCCCAUGGGACACUACACAACAAUCUGUCACAGAAAUAAUCUGUGGACCGAGUUUAAUGAUCUCAAUGCAGGAACACAAAGAACUCUAACCAAAGAUGUGGACAAAAAAGUCAACAUAGAAUUUCUAAUAUACAUUAAAGUUGAAAAAACGUAUAAAUAAAAUCAAUUAAAACUGUAUCACCAUGCCUUUAUAUUUAGACUGUAAUUCUUUUCUACAUUACUAAAGAGCACCAAAUUUGAUCUCACGAUGUCUUAUUUAGUUAUUUGCACACAAUUUGCGCUAAAUUGGAUCACUAAAAAUUUUCGUUUUUAUUACUGUUUAAAAUUUUAAUGUUUUAUAAUAAUCUUUAUGGUACAAAAUUAGCACCAAAUGAGCACUAAAUUAUUGCAUAAAAAUUUUUUCGAUAUUUUUAUUUUUAAAAGUUUUGUUUAUAACAAAUUGUUUAAACAAAUAUUUUAUUAUAAUGUUUAUGGUACAAAAUUAGCACUAAAUGAGCACUAAAUUAUAGCCUAUUUAGAAUCUGAAUAAUUUUAUUUUUUCAUUGUGUACUAAGAGUGGACAAGCCAGCUUAACGUUAAGCUGGCUUGUCCACCUGCUUUUUUAACUAAAUAAAGAGCACAAAAUUCAGGA